CAGACGCAUCUUAUGUCAGAUUACUUAAUGUCAAAUGUGAGUAGAUUGUUGAAGGCGCGGGAACCGCCGAAACCGAUGAGAUGGCAAUUACUUUUUGUAAGAAUCGUGCUGGUACUUUACUCAUAAUGUGUCGAGGACUGCUGCAGUGUACACAGCAAACUGUUUCAGUGGCUUGUUCAUAUGCAGCUAGUUCGAAGUCACUGGAAGAUCGUUUAGGACUGCCUCCAAAGCCCAAGAAACCUCUCACCCCAUAUUUCCGUUUUAUGAAAGAAAUGCGGCCAAUUUUGAUAAAAGAAAACCCCACCGUUCCACUGACGGAUGUGGUAAAAAUGAUAGCCAAGAAAUGGGAAUCGGUUGAUGAAGUUGAGAAGGCGAAAUUGCAGGAUUUAUAUAAAAGAGAUCAAAUAACCUACAUAGAACAGCGAGCAAAGUACGACAGCAAAAUCACCGAAGACCAGAAACGCGAUUUGCAAAAGCUUCGCCAUGAAAUAGCCGUGGCGAAAGAAAGACGGGCUGUUAGGAAGCGAAUAAAGGAAUUAGGACGACCGAAAAAGCCAGCAUCUGCAUUUCUGAAAUUCAUUGUUGCGGAAAGGGCAAAGACAAAUGUUGACAAGCAGUCAUAUAAAGAAUGGCAUCGAAAAGUAUGUGAGAAGUGGGCGAGACUCUCGGAGGAUGAAAAAGAAGAGAUGAAGAAGCAAUGUAAAAAGGAAAUGGAAGAAUACAAGCAACAGAUAUCAAAAUGGGAAGAAAAAAUGGUUCGCAUGGGCAACAUUGAUGUCGUUCGUCAAGAAGCUAUGAUAGAACCUUCAAUUUCGCAAAAAGGAAAAGGUUCAAAAUUAACGUCAUCUGUUACGGUGAAAAAAGAAUAGGGACUCGGGUGCCCCCUAUCGGUAGACACUCGUGUUCGUUCUGUCAAACAAUCAUCUUCAACAUACGCUUUACUCAGCAAUGUAACGAUCGGAAAUAGUGGAGAUCAGAUGAAAAUAAGUAAGUCAUCAAUUAUCGAUCGGGAAGAUUCACAGAAAAAAAGGAAAUUUCCUAUAGGGGGUACGGGUGAAAUAAGUGAAUUGAAUAAUAAUCGGAACGCUAAAAAUAUGUGUAAAAAGACUUCAUCAGAUAAAAAUAAAAACGAAGAUGAUUUCAAGAAAGGGCUUAUGGAUCGUUUAAAGUCAGUGUUUAAAUGGUGACCAACUAUUUUCUGAUACAAUUCGCUGAAGUAGUAUUUUUUAAUGAUUUGCAAAAGAAAUUUGUAAAAAAAAUAUCUAAUAAAUGGAAAUCUACUUGAAAAUAAGU